AUGUUUCGUACCAGUAAUUUCGAUAAGUUACUUGAUAAAGCGACAAGUAAUCUACGCCUAGAUCCCGAUUGGCCGACGAUUCUUCAAAUAUGCGACUUGAUUAGACAAAAUGAUUGCUCCCCCAAAUAUGCUGUGGCUGCAGUUAAGAAGAAGCUGUACUCUACAAACCCACACCAGGCUAUGUUUGCGUUACUCACUCUUGAGAGCAUUGUAAAAAAUUGUGGAUCUGGAGUCCAUGAUGAAGUUGCAUCCAAAGUAUUCUGUGAAAUGCUACGUGACCUGGUAAAGACCACUCCGCAUGAGAAUCUUCGUAAUAAGAUCCUGGAACUGAUACAAGCAUGGGGCUUUGCCUUCCGCAAUAACCAGAAAUAUAGAGCUGUUCAAGACACAGUGAAUAUUUUAAAAGCGGAAGGUUUCAAGUUUCCACCAUUAAAAGAAUCUGAUGCAAUGUUUUCUGCUGAUACUGCACCAGAAUGGGCAGAUGGGGAGGUUUGCCACAGAUGCCGUGUGGCGUUCUCUUUGAUGGUGCGCAGGCACCACUGCCGUGCAUGUGGACAAGUUUUCUGCCAACAAUGCAGCUCUAAAACUUCUACUUUACCCAAGUUUGGCAUCGAGAAAGAGGUCCGUGUAUGUGAUGCCUGCUAUGACAAAGUAAGCCGGCCCCCUCCUUCCAAUUCUAAACUUGAGAUUGUAGACACCUCCAAUGACUAUGGGCCAACUGCUGCACAGAAACGUCCGCCAGGGAGCAAAACAGCAGAAGAGCUUCAAGAGGAAGAGGAAUUGCAACUGGCGCUGGCGCUCAGUCAGUCGGAGGCUGAGCAAAAAGAGAAGGAACGCCGUCCGCGAAUCCACAUCGCGCCUGACCCUACGCCCCACCAUCCCACUGUGUCCCCUACGCCAUCGUCAGUGAGUGCAUCGCCGGAGCACAGCACGACUACAAACUCUGAACUGUCACGGUACCUAGACCGCAACUAUUGGGAACAGAGACUGUCACGUGAUAACGUGCCUGCCCCUACUGCGCCAUCUUCUCACGCCACUAUUGAGACUGUUGAGGAAUUCGCCAAGCCUGCCACGAGUAAGAAUCAAGACGAUGACGCUGAGGACAAAGAGAUUGAUGAGUUCGUGGAAUCGCUUAAAAGUCAAGUCGAGAUAUUCGUGAAUAGAAUGAAAAGCAACUCCUCGCGGUAUGAUUGCUUUAGCUUCUUAUAUAUUGUUUUAUUAUACUUCAGACACAUUCAACAUUUCGCACCCCGCAUGGAAGAAUGGCACUUAUGCCAUUCUCCCUUGAGGGGUGCGAUUUCACCUUAUUGCAAACAACAAGAUUACAACUUUUAUGCACUGGUACUUAACUCUGAAUUUGAUAAUCUUUACGCAGUACUAAUUUUACUGAAUUUGUAA